AUGUGGACGUGCCUCGAGGCCGUUCGGGCGCACGUUGGCUCGGCCGAGCGUGCCUCGGGGUCGAGCCGUCCGCUGUCGAAAAAUAGCACCAGCAGAAAUAACACAACUAUCCAUCGUGAAUUGCCUCGGACUUCUGAUGGCUCGGUCUGCCUCGCGAGGCUCGCCUCAGUGUCUCCGAGCGAAACCGCGAGGCUGCCUCGCGAGGCCAGGCUCGCGAGCCACACAUCCGAGGCUGCCUCGCGAGCGCGUGCGCUUGGUGGAGACCCGGCUUACGACGUAUUAGACGCAGCCACCGGCAACACCCAGUACCGGAAUGAGGAGCGGUACCCCAACGGUACCGUAGUGGGCAGCUACGGGUACCUGGACCCGGCGGGCCGGGCUCAUCGGUACCGAUAUGUGGCUGAUGAGAAAGGAUACAGGGUAAUGAAAGACCGCCCUAAUCUCUACACUGCACCAAUAGUCAACCCUAACACCAUCGUGAAUACCGAUGAAGAUACAGUCACUUGGAAGAGGAAGAAACCACACCGUACUAUAGCAAAGAAUGAGAUAAGGAGAAACAAUGUCAAUUCAUAUCCGACCCUAUAUUUUAUUUAG